AUGAACGUGGACCACGAUCAGCCUUCCGCCUCGGCAGCGAAGGCCCAGGCGCUGCAGACCCUGACGGCGGGUCCUCUCUCCUCGUCGGUGGCGAAGCUCGCCGCCUCCUCGCGGUGCCUCCCUUGCGACAAGGACUUCCACUUCUACCACAACUUCGAGGAGUUCAAGGUCCCCGUCGAGGAAAUCGCGCGCGAGUCGCGGUCGAUGCUCGAGGCCAUCGGCGCAGCGGCGCACGCAGCCUUCCCCAGCGACGUCGACGACACCUACGACUGGCUUGUGAACGUGAACGACAACGUUCUUGAGCAGUUCGAUGCAUCCGCGGACGAGUUCCGCAGGGUCCGGGAGGAAGAGGAAGAGACUGGGCAUUCAGUGAAGCACCCGAUGGAGGAGGAUGGGUUUCAGCUGGUUUCUGGGAGAAAGAAGAAAGGGGGCAGAGGGAAUGUGACUACGGGGAUGGGUUCUGAGGCGAGUCCGGCGACACUGGGAGUUACUGUGGCCACAAAGGAUAAGAAGACAAUGGGGCCGAAGCUCAAGGUUCCUUUUCAUAUUCCGACAAUAAGGAGACCGCAAGAUGAGUAUAGUAUAGUGGUUAAUAAUGCGAACAUGCCAUUUGAGCAUGUGUGGUUGCAGACUAGUGAGGAUGGGUCAAGACGUGGUUGUUAUGAUGGCAGACUUAUGGAAAUUGUUCAUAAUGAAAUGCUCUCUGUUUCGAAUUUUGUUGAUAGAAAUCCUGGGGAUGUUGUGCCAGUGAAGCCUCCCUCAAUAGAUAACACCCCUUUCAAGCUUGUGGAGGAAGUCAAAGAUUUAAAGGAGUUGGUUGCUAAGCUGCGUUCUGUUAAUGAAUUUGCGGUGGUUUCCCUUAUUGUUGAUUUGGAACAUAAUCAAUAUCGGUCUUUCCAAGGUUUGACUUGCCUGAUGCAAAUCUCAACACGGACUGAAGAUUUUGUUGUUGACACAUUGAAACUUCGCAUUCAUAUAGGACCCUAUCUUCGAGAUGUCUUCAAGGACCCUGCCAAGAGGAAGGUCAUGCAUGGUGCGGAUCGUGAUAUUGUAUGGCUUCAACGAGACUUUGGAAUUUACGUUUGUAAUUUGUUUGACACUCACCAGGCUUCGAAGUUGUUAAGCUUGGAGAGAAAUAGUUUGGAGUAUAUUCUGCACCACUUUUGUGAAGUUACUGCAAACAAAGAUUACCAGAAUGCAGACUGGAGACUACGUCCACUUCCUGAUGAGAUGCUUAGAUAUGCCAGAGAAGAUACACACUAUCUCUUAUAUGUAUAUGAUUUAAUGAGGAUUAAUUUAUUUGCUUUGUCUAAGGAUUUUGAAAGUUCCGAAUCUUCAGACACUCCUCUGGUGGAGGUAUACAAGCGCAGUUAUGAUGUCUGCAUGCAGCUAUAUGAAAAAGAACUUCUGACAGAGAGCUCCUAUCUUCAUAUAUAUGGGUUGCAAGGAGCUGGUUUCAAUGCUCAACAGCUUGCCAUUGUUUGUGGCCUGUGUGAAUGGAGGGACAUUGUUGCCCGUGCAGAGGAUGAGAGUACUGGAUAUGUAUUGCCAAAUAAAUCUGUUCUUGAAAUUGCUAAACUGAUGCCUCUCACUACAAGCAAACUACGGCGACUGGUGAAGUCAAAACACCCUUAUGUUGAACACAAUCUUGAUACAGUUGUCAACAUCAUAAGACAUUCUAUACAGAAUGCUGCUGCAUUUGAGGAAGCUGCUCAACAGUUGAAAGAAGCACAAGCUGCCUCUGCAUCAGAUGUAGUACAAGUGACAAAUGGAACUGAAGAUCCUAAAUCCCAUAAGCAGGAUUGUAAGGAAUCUUCUCAGCAGCAAGAUACAAAUGUACAAAUAAAAGUCAAGUGCAGUGGUCUUACAUCUGACCCACCGAAGUGUGUUACAGGUCUAACAGAUUCAGAGCAGCAGCAUAGGGGUGCAAAUGUUAGUGCACUUACUACGGCAAAGGGAAACGGAGCAACUGUUCAGGUGCUUAUAAAGCCUGCUGGUGCUUUUGGGGCACUUUUGGGGAAUUCAGCUUCAAAGAGGAAGCUUGGUCCUGAGGGCAAGGAAGAUAUCAAGUUAGAGCAGAUCAGAUCUUCCGUUAGUCUUCCGUUCCAUACAUUUUUGGGUAGCAGCGAGAAGUCAAAACCUACAGUAGAAACUCCUAGUGUAGCAUUUGAACUGUCAGAGCCACCGAAACCUGUUUCUGAUAUAGUUUCUGCCUCUCCUCUAGAUGAGAUUAUAAUGCUAGAAUCUGAUAUGGGUGGAGAGGAUAUGAUGCAGAAUAACCUAGGAAACUCCAAUGUGCAAACGGAGAAAAAUUCUGGUGUGUCCACUUCAGGAAAAGAGGACAAAGAUGAGCCAGUGUCUCUCUCAGAAUUAUCAUCAAAUUUUAAAAAAUGCUUUCAUUCAAAUGAUCAAAAUAAUAAAACCAGACAGCCCAAGAAAAGUGACCGGUUCAGUGGCGUGGUGCAGCUGAAGCCAUUUGAUUAUGAAGCUGCAAGGAAACAUGCCAAGGUUGGAGAAGAUACAAAGAAAGCAUCUUCCCAGGAUUGUGAUGGUGAGGUAGAUGACUCAGGUAGCAAGAAGCAACGUUCGAUAAUAGGACAGGAGCGGGGACAAGCUAGUGAUUCGACUAAACAAUUGCAACAAGGGAAGAGACGUCAGGCAUUUCCUGCUUCUGGGAAUCGUAGUGCAACCUUCCGCUGA